UCCAUAUUAACCCGCAUGGUGUGGCCCCUCCUAGAACUUCUCUAGCCUUUGUUACAUUGCUUCAUCUUACAAUCUUGACCUCGCCUGACAAAAAUGUCUGCAGAGUGGCUGACUGACUGGAGCUGUUUGCUGAAUGGACUUCGGGAAUUGAUUGCUGGUACCAUCCAGGCUGUGCGGUGACUGCACACCCUUGCACUAACCACUGUUAUUUGUCUCUUAUUGUUGUUUGCAUGGUACUGUUUAGAGUUGGUAUGGACCAACCCCGUCUCUCCUUUGCACACUGUGAAUUUACUCAUCCAGAGUUCAGAAGCCAAAGGCUUGCAGAACGGGUUUUGCUUUUUGCCACUCACGUGAGUGUGUACGAGUGUACCCAUAAUGAUGGGGCUGAACCAAAAACUUUAUCACAAUCUGCAGGAAUAUGCCAAAAGAUACUCCUGGUCAGGGAAUUGGGCCAGAAUCCACAAGGGCAUCCGUGAGCAAAGUCGAUAUAAAAAUGAUAGACCAUCCAUACAGAAACCUGAGGUUUUUUUCCUUCCUGAUUUACCCACUAUGCCCUAUUUCCCGCGGGAUGCGCAAAAGCAUGAUGUUGAAUUGUUGGAGCAGAACUUUGCCCACUAUAAUUGGUGAAUUGCAAUCUACAAAGCAUUUUCUAAUUGCAGCUUACCACAAGGAUGGAAAUUAAAUAGUACCCCAAGUGGGGAGUGGUUCCAUUUUAGUUUAGUCAACCAAGGUGUGUGCAUACCAGCCAACUGCAAGAAAUGCCCAAGGACGUACCGUUUGCUUGCAAGUCUCCGCACCUUCAUUGGCAACAAUUUAUUUGGGAAUGCUUGCAUCUCUGUAUCUGACUCCGGACAGUCAAUCACAGAGCACUAUGGGCCAACCAACAUCAGGAUAAGAUGCCUAUUAGGUCUACGAAUCCCAAGUAAUUGUGAGCUGGUGGUUGGCGGAGAGCCUCAGUGCUGGGCAGAAGGGCACUGCCUUCUCUUUGAUGAUUCUUUCCUGCACACAGCAUUUCAUGAAGGUACAGCGGAAGACGGACCUAGAAUCAUUUUCAUGGUGGAUUUGUGGCACCCUAAUGUUGCAGCAGCUGAACGUCAAGCACUGGAUUCAAUAUUUGCUCCUGGACGCUGAUGCCACAAUGCCACUCUUGCAACCAAACAUCUAUGCUCAUGGAAAAUUGCCUCAAAGAAAAGCUUGUCUCUAACAAAACCCAUCCUCUGUAUAUGGACUACAUAUUAUGUUAUCUCUUUAAUCAUUGGCUUUUCCAUGGAUUUCCAUUGUAGGAUAGACUUUAAGAGAGAGGGUGUAUAUGCAUCAAUUUACUUGUGAUUUUCUAGCACGAAAAAAAAAGAAACAGCUCUAUAAUACUACUCAGCAGAGAGCACUCAAUAUGGUUUAUAAAGACUUAAAGAACCAUAUUAACUAAAUAGCACAAACCAAGCUUUUGAUUAUUAGGUGGAAGCCAAAGGCACUAUAAUAAGAAUAGUGAGAGAGCAUUCCGAGAAUCACAAACCCUCACCAUAGUGCUCACUUUUGCUCUAUCCUUAGUAAAGUUUUCAAGGAUUGUAAUUCUCUCAUAUAGCGUCUAAUGCCAUAUUUUCCAUUUUCAGCAAGAAUGCAGCACUAAUAUAUAUAUGUUGCUACUGUAUAUUUACAAUACUCUGAAAUAAAUGGUAAGGAAGUGACAAAGCAAUGUCUUAUUGGCAUGACCAACCUAAUAUGUCUCCUAUUAGGAUGAUGUUAACAAAGGAUCAGUCAUUUAGUAUUAGCAUCUAGGUAAGAAAGUGAUGUUUGAAUGACUGUGCUCAGAUAUUUGUUUAAAGUCCUGCUAGGAUAUUUUACUCAGAUCAAGUAUGAACAGAGAAUUAUCAAUGUUUUUUUCUACGCAAACAUGUUUAUUGCGUUCUUUGACAAAUAUCAAGGACUCUUAACUGCAACCAAUGUAGCCAUGUCUUUCUAAAAACUGAUUAAGCUUACAUGUGUCAAAAAAGGACUUUCUUCAGUGGUCCAGAUUUCUAAAGAGACUUCUUUUAUGAAUUGAUAUAUAGAAAUAAUUCUUCAAUGGUAUUUAGAUUUAACUUAAGAUGUGUAAGUGCCCAUCCUAUAAUUGUGGGCAUAGGAAGGGCUUGGUUAAAGUAAAUUUUUAAGGAAUUUCAGAGAUAUAUCUUUAUCUGACCAAAGUUUUUUUCUUUUUUGUUUUUUUAUUUAAUAAAAGGAACUUAUAUAGUUUCUCUAGUGUUCCAGCUCCAGACUUAAGGAUCUCUGCUCUUGGUGGUUGUCCAGCAGCCAUUUUGUCUUUGGUGUGGAAACAAACUCUUGUCUUGUACUUUCACGGUGCAACAGACUCCAUUUUGUUCCGUAAUAAACAAAACAUGUGUCUGUAAUAAAGAAUGCAUUCUUUGGUAUUCCUUCUGCACAAUAUAUACAGUUAUUUUAUUUCA